AUGGCAACAAAAAUAAAAGACACGGGUGUGGUGGGGAAGGAGAAGAAGGUUGCAUCUUCAAAUUCUUCUACCACAAGCACAAAAAAGACCACAACCAAGUCAUCCUCAACAAACAAGGUUACUUCAAAUUCCACGUCGGAUAAACAAAUUCCUAAUUAUCUAAAACCAACAAUAAGUUCAAAACGUCUUGAUUCUCACUCCUCUUUCAAGUUUCCUAAGAAUGAUCCUCCCCCUAAACCUACCCUAAACAGAAGAAGAUCUCUUGAACCAUCAUCAUCUUCACGAGUUCAUAAACAAGCACUUUCACCUUCUCCUUCAAGGCAACACAAAGCUCUUGUGUCCCCUGGUCCACGAGAAAGGAAUGUUCCAUUUCGAGCUUCAAGUCUUCCAAAUAAAACUACUCUAAAUCCUUCAAAAUCUGCUUCAGAUACACUUACAAAGACCCCCAUAAAAGGAAGAACGCAAUCAUCAAGUGAGAAAACUGUCAAGAAGAGUACUAAUAAUGCUUGUACUUCUAAUCCUAAACAGGACACUUCUGCUAUCCUAAAUAACAUUUCAAAGAGUAGCAAUACUACUCAACCAGAAGGUAAAGAAUGUACAAAUGAAGUGGUUGAAGAAGCGGAAAAAGUGAAGAAUGUAGAAAAACUGACACAUCAAGUAGUUGACUCUGAACAUGAAAAUGAACACGAGCACAAGCUUGAUCACCAAGAACAUGGCCAUGCAUACGUGCAAGAUCAUGAAGAUGAGCACAAAGGACAUGAUCAUGGAGAGCAUAAGCAUGAACAUGAUUCUGAAAAGUGUGAUCAUAAACACGAGCAUGAUCUCGAAGAGUAUGAGAAUGAUCACACACAUGAUGCUGAAGAGAAUGAGCAUCAUGAUCAUGAAGAGUGUAAACAAAAGCUUGAGGAGACAGGUCAAGCUCAUGUUGAAGAGGAUGAUGAGAAGGAUGUUCCGAGUGUCUUGGAAGAAGAGAAACAGAAAGAGAGCGAUGAUAGAAAUCAAAUUGAAUGCGCCAUUCAAGAGAGUGAUAAUUCAACAAUUAAAGAAGUCGAGGCUAAAGAAGAGGAAGAAAAAACAGAAAGUGGAGUUGUAGAAGAAGUUUGUGAGAGAAAUACUGUGGCAAUAACGAAUGUUUCUUCUCAAGCUUGA